CUUUAGGAUGUCAAACGAGUUGGAAAUUCCUUUGGACUAAGAUCAUUCGAGUUUUACUUUCUGCCAAAUUAGAACCAGAAAAAAAGUUAAAAAAAAUUUUCUUAAAAUUUUUAGUAUCUUUUCGUUCAAAAUCAAAUCAAAAGAAAAACUGACCCAUUAAAAUGGACAUUGAUUUUGCCAUGUACGCUCAGCUCUCUGGAAUUCCCUAUAUGCCUACUCCUGAAGAAUUCUAUCCCGAGUUGUCUCGUGGGAUGCAGCAUCAAGAGCCGGAGCAGCGCCAUGGCGACUAUCGUCCUCCCACUGCUAUGGAGCAGCGUUAUGGUGACUGUCGGCUUCCUGCAAUGGAUUUGGAAAUGCCACGGGACUAUCAAAAUCGUCAGGCCCCUCCAAUGUCUAUGCAACAUGAGUACUUCGAUAAGUACUAUCAGAAGCAGCCGCGGCCUAACGACAAUAUGUCUGAUGGCUUUCGUUCCAAUCCUUACAAUCCUGUUGGUUAUCAGAGUCCUUCAGAGUAUCGUUGCAUGGCACGUGGACAGAGGCGAGCUAAAGAAAUGAUGUCACGUAAUGGGUUGUAUUCACCGAUGGAUGCUUCUAGCACCCAAAACAGCGGAGGAGAUUCCAGUUACUUUCCUAAUUAUGCCACUGAUUAUAAUGGACGAAUGCAGCACCAACGCAGGCAUUCAUUUUGGUGAAGAACAGCCUUUUCUUACAUUUAAAAUAUUUUUGGUCGUUGUUUUUCUUUUAGUGUGUUCCGAGUUGUUGAAUCUUAUGCGAAAAAAUAUAUUAUUCUAAAGGAA